UUUUGCGUUAUCAGGGGGCGGUACUCUUGAGCCUUUUCGAUUUUGUCCUUGAAGCAAAAAAAAUAACGAUAACAACAAUGACAAUUUACUAUAAAUUCAACGGUAUUACUCAGAAUUUAAAUGCUGCUCCUCAAGAUGCCGCUAUGGGUCGCCCAAUAACACCUCAAGUAAAUAAUUUAUCAAUUUUAUAUUUGUAAAAACGUAUAAUUUUAUAGUAUAGGUCCUUAUCUUAUGAUUAUGAGUUAUUUCUCAAAAUAUCUGACUAUAAUAUUGACUAUUGUAUGUAUAGUAUAGUAUAAUCAAAUGUAGGCCUAAGCCUAAAGAAUAGGCCUAAUUGAUGGGCCUAAUAUUUAUUUAAUAAUAAUAAUAACUAAACUAUAAAUUAAAUAUAGUCAUAGUGAUAAUGUCUAAUACUAUAAUAUUUUAUUUAAAUAUUAAUAGUAGUAGUAGGUAUGCCUAUUUGGUCCCACUUGGAUAAAAUUUUCAAAUUGAACAAAUUAAGAAAUUAACACAUCUGUAAGAUAGCCCUUGUUAAAUUGAAGUAAUAAUAUGGGUAAACGUUGGGGACGCCUGCAACUUUUUUAUUGAUGGCCGCCAUCUUGGUUGCCACGACACGUGAAGCGGCCAAAAAGUAGUGCAAAACAGGUGUUAUGAAAAAGGGAAAAUGGGGGGGGGGGGGGGGGGGGGAAAAAUAGAGACCAAAAGAAAAUGUGGUCAUUAAAAAAAAAAGAAUAAAAAUGAAAGGAAAGAAACAGGGAGACACGUGAAUUAAAUUGCGUUUGGCGUGAUCUUCUAGUUGGAGUGGGGACUCACUUGAAAACCUAAAAAAAACCUAAGAAACAGACCCCUCCCCAGAACCCCUCCCCAAUUUAACAAUAUAUAUGUAAUAAGAAAACAAUCGAUCCCUAAACCUAACCUGAAUCCUAAAUCGAUCCCUAAAACUAGCCCUAAAGCUGCGAGUAAAAACACGUGGAAUUUACACGCUGUGGCAGGAAAACUAGGAAAAUGAACAAAAAGAAGAGAAAUGGCCUAAAAUGAUUAUAAAAUAAAGAAGAAAUAAUGAAAACCCAACUUACAGCUUCAUGAAAUACCGUACACUUAUACACACUUUAUUUCAGGUUUCACCGAAAAUAAUAUCCACAACAUGAAGAUACAAAGAAAAGAAGAAAAAUUUUAACUUACCGCGAUGGCGGUAACUGACGUAAUAUUUAAGCACUCCUUUCUAUAUCCGCAUCAUGUUAAAGAAACAGAUAAAAAAAAAUAAUUUAUCUAUUUUUCAGCAAUAUUUCGAACAUUCUCAAAUUUCCAAACAUAAUUUCCACAUAAUCCGCCACUGCUUUAUUAACAAAAACAAUAAAAUAUUAAACAUUCCUCUGGCGCAUGAACACUACUACAUUAAUUAAGAAAAAACAACAUUUCUAAAAAUAAACCAAGGGAAGUGACUACCGAACGUGAACAAUACCCAAAAGAUGCGUGGCAGCCGUCCUCGGUUUUAGCCAUAAUAUGUUUUCAUUUUUCACGUAGCACUUUUGGUCAACAUUAUUAACAAAUUAUAAUUUUUUUUUGUGAAUAAAAGAUCACUUUUUUUAACAUAGAGUUAAAGAUUUGUGACCACUUUUCAAAAAAAAUGUACAAAAAGGCUCAUAACUUUAUUAAAGUUGUCUUUAUAGUAUAGCAGAGUGGACAAAUAAUAUGAAACUUACCAGAAGUGUUCAUCAUCGUAUUGUCAACAUCUUUGUUGCUUUAAAAACUAAAAUAAUUUAAUAGAAUACUUUAAAAAUAUUUUUUAAUGCCAUUAAAAAACUUUUUUUUAAAAAUUGGCUAUUGUUGAGAAUCAUACCCAUGACGUCAUUUGCAUGUUUAUUAUAGUUGCAGUGAAUAAGGGUUUAGGUUAAGUUGUGGGAUCGAUUUAGGGUUCAGGUUAGGCAUCAAUGUUCCCUUUAGGCUGCGCGGCCGCACAGCAAUCUCACAGAUACCGCGCAGCUAAUUUCCCCUUAAGUGUGUGUUUUUGUCUGUAGGCUGUUAAAUUUUGCACACAAAAAAAAAUUGAUGCUGUAAAAAUUUGCACACAAUUUUAUGAUUUUUGCACACGAACCAACAAACCUUAGAGGAAACAUUGUUAGGCAUAGGGAUCAAUUUUGGGUUCAGUUUAGGCAUAGGGAUCGAUUUAGUUUAGGUGUAGUGACAGAAUUAACUGGUUGUGUGAAACAAAAUGACGGAAACCCCGGGUAGCUUUCUCAACAUUUACCAAAAAAUUUAAAAAAUAAUUUUAAAAAAUUAAGACCAAACGUAAUUUAUUUUAAAACAGGAAAUAUAAUAGAGGCAAUUUUACAAUAAAAAUGAUGAUUUAAUUUGAAAAUAUUUGUUAAUAUGUCUAUUAUUUGUAUAGAUAUUACAAUAAAACCUAAUAUUAAUUAAGAUGGAACUUGAUUGGUUUAAGAUUUACAAAAUGUCUUUAGCUUUCUUAUCUGUCAACUAGUCAUAAAUAAUACUGUUUCCUGUUCAUUACUUUCGUUAUCAGCCAUUUUUUUUGUUCAGCUUUAGACACCCAUUAUGGCCAAAAAUAACAAUGUAUUUGUGGUCUUAGAGACUUGAAAUUCGACAUGGUCAUUUUUGAUACAAUUUUACAGGUACACCAGGUCGAUUUAAAAUGGGACAACGAAUAGUUUUCAAAAUAUUGAUAAAUGAGACUUAGCUGCUUUCUCACAUUUCUUUUUAUUUACGACAUACUGAUAUUACUGAAAACAAAAUGGAUGUCGUUAAAGCCUGUUCAUUAACGUAACUAGAACAGUAAUUCGUUCGUUGAUCCGACGUGUCUAGCGGGAAAAAAUAAUUUUUUAGUGAACCCUAUCAUCCAGAACAUCCAAAAAAGCGUCUCAAAACCCUAUGGGCCCCGAUUGCUUCAAAACAGCCUCAUAUCCAAGUACCUAUAGUUAGUAAUGGUCUUAAUAGUCAUAGUCAUAUGAUAGUAUGAUACUACUUGGUCUACUCACUACUGUCUACUGAUUUAAUUCACUUUAAGUUUAGUCAUUUAGCAUACAAACAAAUCAUGUACUUCAUAUAUUCUGUCUUCAAAGCUCUCCUGUCUUGUCUGUAUGUAAGCCUCAGAACUGCAAUAAUUUUCAAAUAUCAAAUAAAAUACUUUUCGUUAGAAAGUGCCCGCACUAUAUGACAGUAUGUUUUGACUUUGGUUGGUCUGGCUUGCUGAACACUGUCUAAAACAAAACAGCAAUUUAAAAAAGAUAACUUUUGACUAAAUCUAGCACCCACUAAAACGUAUCAACUAUUUGAACGUUGCAACAAAAAAAUGGGCUUCAAUUUGUUUUUAUUGACUUACCAAAAGAACCAGAAACUAAGAAAAUAAACUUUUGACAUAGAAUCUAUAACAUACAGCAAAAUGUUAGUGAAGAAAUUACAAAAUUUGUAAGCAUUUAAAUCUUUAGAUAAAAAUCAAUAGUUCUUCUGUUCUUACAAUCACUUUUUCCUCACACCCCAUGUAAAAUGCCACCUCGUACCACCUUGAAAUUUGUGAAAUGCAGUUUGUGAAACCUUGGUGUAGACUGUAGCCUAAAUCUAAAUCCUACAACAUUGGAGAUGACAUAGAGUCAUAGAGCAGGGGUCUGCAAACUAUUGCCUGCGGGCCAUAUUCGGCCAGCAACUUCAGUUUAUCCCAGCCUGCGGGGUCAAAAAGUGAUUUUGAAGUAACAGAAGAAUUAGCAUUUGAGCAUGGUGUGUAUAGCUCAGUAAGGAGAGGGGGGGGGUGUGCUUUCAAAGUGGUAGAAAAGUCUAUUUGCUCACUACAAUUUCACUGAUGGGAAAGAAGACAACUAUGCAAAGCUAUGUUUUCCAUCUAACAAUAUUUAUUUGGAAUCUCAGUCAAAUUAAUUCAAAAGUGACAGCCUAGAAAAAGAUGUCUGAGGUUUCCAAAUGCUUCUCUUGGAUACUUAUCCCCCACUUUCCACACUUCAGGUUGGCCACUGCUAGAUUGUGUAUACUCUCACAAUUGAGCUGACAGGGGACAGAUGGACUGUAACGAACAAUACUCUUUACAUAAUAUAGCUAUAUAUGAAAUAUUUAAUUUUUAAAGUGUAAAAUUAAAACUCUUGUGUUGAAAUAUCUGCUUUGUUUUUAUAAAUUUUAGGCAUUCUCGACAAGUUUGGUCAAAGCUCCAGAUGUCUUUUAUGAUUUCAAGACGGAGGCUAAGGCCCUAUCAGCAACUCGACGCGUAUCAUCCCAGGUUGCAGAUUUAAAGCCUGGACAGUAUCUAGUGCCAAACUCACCCAACUAUAUCAAACUCAUGGAACGUCAAUCCUUAUUUUCUGUAAGAGCAUUAUUUCUUUUAGAUAGAGAAAAUUAAUUUUAUUUUCUUUAUCACAGCCAUGCAUAACAGCUCCCCGAUGUAUCUGUAUUUAUUUUGACACAUGACAUGCAACAAUUAAAAAAAUUGGCAAAAUGGGAGUAAUUUCAUUUUUUAUUUGUAUGGUAUUUUGGAGUAGAAAUUUCAUGUGAAUCUCCUUAGUUUUUUAACGUACUUCAAUGAAUUAUUGGUAUAAAUCUUUUAAGGUCAUUUGAUGCACUAUUUUACAGCAUAUUAUUUGCAAUCAAUUAAAAUAACGGUAAUUUGUCUUAAAAUUCAUUUUUAAUUAAAUAUAUUUGUAAUUAUAUGAAUUAUAGUUUAUUAAAUAACUUUUUAAAACAUUUAUUCAAUUUUACUUUGUGUUAUGUCUUCUAACAUGCACUGAUUUUGCCACAGGAUCAUUAAUAACAAUAAAUUUUGAAUAAAUCAAAUCAAAAUAGACCUUAUUGCUACUUUUCAUAAUAAGAUAAUUUACUAUAAUGAAUAGAUAUUGAGGUUUUCAGCUCCUUAUUGUAGUUGAGUUGAUAACAUGAGCUCAAAUUGAAUAUUCAUUAAUUCUUUAUUCUCAAAUAUGCUACAGGGGUACUGAACUAAUUUAUUAGAAAACUAGGGCUUAACCAGAGGCAGUUUUUUUCACCAGGUCCGGUUAUUUGGAGAAAAUACCCAUGGGUCCAAGAGUUACAAAAAAAGUUAUUGUCUCAUUUUUCUAUAAUAUAUGCUUGCCUUUAAACAAUAGGCCUACACCAGUCCUACACCAUACCCUUGAUCUUUAUUGAUUAAUUUAAUAGUCACCUUCCCCUAAAGAAAAAGUCAACCUGAAUGGAGUUCAGACGUCACUUAUGAAAUCUCGGUGUGUGACAGUUGUUCUUUUUCACUCAAUACUAUACUAUUAAUUUAAAACAUGUGGAGUUGGGGAAGAGCUGGCUGUGAAGAGGAAACAGGACACACCAGAAGCAAAAUUUGUUAUUUAAAUAUUUUUAAGAUGAUAGUAAUAGUGUCUUUCAAAAUGAUGGGAUUUUUAAAAAAAAUAUCUGUAUUUAUAGGAAUUUUGGCCUUAAAAAUUCUUAACCCUUUCCGCUGCAACUGGGUGUAAUACACCUGGAAACAGUCUGUGAUUGCUAUCUCGAGUCACUUUUCAAGUCAUACUCUACCUAAUCCACAAGGUAGUUGGAAUGAAGACCUUGGUGGAUGCCAUUGUAUAAAGCAUGUGAAAGUGACUUUUUUUUUUUGGGCCUAAACUUUAUUUCCAGUCUCUAGCAACUUGGUGUAACACCCGUGCAUAAUUUAAUAGAAUAAAAAAAUGUCUAAACUGGCUUUUGAACAUUUUUUGUUUGCUUGUUUGUUGUAUAUUUGAAUCUGUGUAAUCUAUAAAAUAGUGUUUAAAUUUUGACAAUAAAUAAAUAUUCUAAAUGCAUUUGGGUACCACAAUAAUACCUUGCAUUCAACUUGACCAACCAUUUCAAAACAGUCACAUGAAAAAUAGGAGCUUUGCAGCUCAGCUUGCACUGUUUUUACAUAAAAUAACAGAAUGUUUCUAUGCAAAUAUGUCUAAUUAAAAAAACUUGCUGAGUUAAAGUGAUUUUGGCAGCUAUUUGAAGUAGUAUUUGAAGUGUUUGUAAAGAUUUACAAACACUGGCGAUGUUCUGCCUCACAAUAUCUUGGUGUGUCGGGAUGGAUUGUCUCUACUUGCGGAGGGGUGAGGAAAUGUGCAACGUCAAUAUUGACUGUCUGCUUUCUUCUUGGGACAGUGAGUUGGUCGGAUAUUUAUAUUUAAGUGCCACUGUUGCUCCAAUUGAUGCCAACUCAACAAUUUUGAAAAACACAACCAAAGGUCAACUUUUACUUUUUUUGUAUUCACAGAAAACACCUUCGCCAUUUGGUCCAUGGCGAAUAUGCCUCCUUUGAUUUUAGAGCACAAUCUCUGGUUUCUUGCAUUCAGUUCGUUCCACUUUCUAUAUCUGGAUGAUUGUGUAUUGUGUUCAGGAGCAAUACAUUUUUCUGCUUCGAGCUCUGGUAUUUGACAAGAUUGUUUCUAGUCUGAACAAAAACACUGAUUUGUUGAGGGGCAGAGCCUUCUUUUGCUCAAACCCUUUGGGUAGGAACAUCGUGUUCCGUUUCAAUGUUCUAACUAGGGUAAGUUUGUUCUGAAAUUGCGUCCACUUCCACGGAAGUCUGUUGUGAGAGAAAUCAGUUUCUGGGGAUAUUCCAACAUUUCUCUUUGCUGGCAGGGCACUUGCAUUUUCUUUGCACAGAUUGGGCAGCCUCUGUUUGAAGACGAUUCGCAGGCCCAGAAGAUUUUUUAUUCCAUAUUGCUUUCUUGGUAUAUAUAUUGAAUAAAUCUGCACUGACCUCUGAAACCAACCUGUUGCUCACCCCCUGAGAUGUUCUCUCCAGGAACAAAGUACCUUUCCAAAUUACUCAGGAAUGCUUCUCAUACAUCUCUUAUGGGAGCAAAGAUGUCACAAGCCAGAAAGGAUUGAUCUAGUUUCCUUGUCAAGGCCAGUAUGAAUCAGAAGCUUGCUGUAUCUCUUCAUUGAAAAUGCUGCCCUAAAGAGGAUUUCCAUCAACAGGGCUGAAUAAAAAUUCCACUGAAACUGAAAUGCUGUUGAGGUGAAGAGCACCAGUGUGUAGUAAGCAGCCAAUAAAAAUAAAAGCUUUCAUUUAGAUCGCAUCAGUCCCUUGCCAUUUGUUUCCUUUUACUUUCUCACCUUUACUGUUGGCGCAGUCAGCUAUUGUUUGUAUCAUUUUUCAUCAAUGUACAAUGGAAGAAACUAAGUGAUCUGUGCAGGGAGUGAGUUUACAUGCCACAUUGUAAAAAAGAAAAUAACACAAAAAGAGCCAAUUACUGUGAUAUAAGUAUAAGUUUAUGGGUGUGAUACACCCAGUCAUAAGGGACAGGGUAUACAAUAUUUUACAGCAGAAAGGGUUAAUAAAGGAUGCCUCAUAAGGCUUUAUAAUUUUUUAGUACUAUUACAAGUUUUGCGAAUCUAGCAACAAACAUUUUUUUUUCAUUUUCUUAAUAAGAUCUCAAUCAACUUUCUUAUUCUCAUAUUUUAGAGUUUAUGUUUAGAGUUUACUGUUUUUUGAAGAACUUUUUUAAAGUGGUGCUAUUAAACUUGUAGACCUGUAGUCUUUGGGUCAUUUGCAUUUUUUUAGUUGGUCUUACUCUUAGUAUAUUCUUAAUUAUAAUUUGUUAGUAAAAUCUUGGUAUGGUCCCAAAGUGCUGGGCAGUGAAAAAAGUGAUGUGAUUUUGUCUUAGGACUUGUCGAAAAUAAUAAUUUUGUUAUAUCGGCAGAUGACUGGGCAAAAUAACCUGGUGAAAUAUACUUUAACUUUAUUUAAAUAAGAGACUUCAUUGAUUUCCCAUUCUAAAACUAAAAACCACAUUAAUGCUUCUUUGCCUUUAUUUUAAAAACUAUUUAACUAUUUUUGUUCUUAUUUCAGGCAAAUGAUGGAAAACUUGUGUGGCAAAAGUUACCAAAGGAUUUGCCGAUGUAUUAUGCCAUUGUUGGUCUUGUAACUGCUGGUGUUAUAUGGAGUGUUUUUUGUUUGAAAAAAUUUGCAUCACCACCAAAGAAUCAAUGAUGACAUGACCUAUUGUAGUUGCAGACUUCAAAAUGGUCUAGACAUAAUUAUUUUUAGAAUUGAUGAAGCAUUUAGACCAAAUACUGUUAUAUAAUGACAAACCUUGAAAUGUUAUCCAAUUAAUUAAAAUUUUGAAACUUUUUUUUAAAAAUUGUUUUGAUUAAAUUUGGUACUGGUAUUUAACUUAAUGUUUCCACUUGCUGUAUUUCAUUUUUUAAUAUGGAAACUAUUUUACUUGGAAUUUUAACUUUAAAACAGAAUAAAAAUGAUGUUCAGUUGUUUCUUUUUUAUACUUGUUGUAUAAGUUAUUCUUGAAGACAUAAAAACGAAAGAAAAAAUCUGACUUAAACUUUAACAAAAAACAAGUUUAUUGGAAAACAAGAACAGUUAUUUUUUUUUAAAUAUCAGAAUGCUUAAUAUUAUUUGCACAUACAUUACUUGCAUAAUUAUUC